GAGAACGUGGAAUGCGGAGUGAGAAUGCUGCAUAUCUGCUAUCCGGCAGCAGUAAGGGGUUUUGUCUGGGAAAGGCAAGCCUCCCCUGCAAUAUCAUCGCAGCGGCUCCCUCGCUGCUUGCCUUGAAAACCAGUGAUCUGGAAGGAGGGUGUCGCCCUGUGUUGACACCAGCCCUGUGUGUGGCUGCUGCUUAUGAGCGGCAGGUCUGAAAAAGCAGGUGUGCUCAGAUGGGCACUGGACUGGAACGCAGGCGGACGCUCCCGGGUGUACCUGCUUCCUGCUAGCAGAUUCUUGGCUCACAGAGCAUCUGCCUGCCUGAAGCUGGAGCGGAGAAGGGGCUUCCUGGGCAUCCCACUUGACUGACAGAGACACUUGGAUUGGACUUAAUCUUAAACCUCUGGAGUUCAAGACCUUUUAAAAAGGGCUAAAUAAACAAUCUCUACAUGUAAAAGGCCACUGACUCCUACUUCCUCUGUGGAGAGCCACUGUGGAAUUCAGCAGCCUGUGGGAAAACUGAAGACUUUAAUAGCAAACCCUUCAAGGUCAAAAUGAAUACAGAUAGCGGUGGGUGUGCUCGCAAGCGUGCCGCCAUGUCUGUUACGUUAACAUCUGUGAAGAGAGUUCAAAGUUCUCCAAACCUAUUGGCUGCAGGGCGUGAUUCUCAGUCACCAGACUCAGCUUGGAGAAUUUACAAUGAUCGAAAUCAAGAGCCAUUGAAUGGAGAUGCUACAUAUUCCUCUCUUGCAGCAAAAGGAUUUAGGAGCGUUCGACCUAACCUACAAGAAAAAAAGUCACCAACCCAGAGCCAGAUAACAGUGAAUGGAAACGCUGGUGGUGCUGUGAGUCCAAUGAGUUACUACCAAAGGCCAUUUUCCCCUUCGGCAUAUUCUCUCCCAGGCUCACUCAACUCAAGCAUUAUCAUGCAGCAUGGCAGAUCCAUUGACUCCACAGAGCCGUACCCGCAGCCCGCACAGUCUCUGGACGGCCCGGGCGGCAGCUCCAUUCCUCUGUACAGAUCGUCGGAGGAAGAGAAGAGGGUGACGGUCAUCAAAGCCCCGCAUUACCCAGGGAUCGGGCCCGUGGAUGAGUCCGGAAUCCCCACAGCAAUCAGAACGACUGUAGACCGGCCAAAGGACUGGUACAAGACCAUGUUUAAGCAGAUCCACAUGGUGCAUAAGCCAGAUGAUGACACAGACAUGUAUAAUACUCCUUAUACCUAUAAUGCAGGUGUGUAUAACCAAGCCUACAGUACACAGUCACACCCUGCUGUGAAGACACAAACCUACAGACCUCUGUCCAAAAGCCACUCCGACAAUGGCACAGAAGUCUUCAAGGACUCAUCCUCUCCAGUGCCUCCCCCACCUCCAGUCCCACCGCUGCGGCCCAGAGAUAGACCUUCCACGGAAAAGCAUGAUUGGGAUCCUCCAGACAGAAAAGUGGACACAAGGAAAUUCCGAUCUGAACCAAGGAGUAUUUUUGAAUAUGAACCCGGGAAGUCAUCGAUUCUGCAACAUGAAAGACCACCCCCUCUCCCAACAACUCCGACACCUGUUCCCAAGAAACCUGGCCGGAAGCCUGUCUCUAGUUCACCAAUGGAAGCAGUGGCUGGGAGCCCCUCCCCGCCGCCCAGGAGUGGCCUCCCCACACCCAGCUCGUGUGCCCCAGCUCUCUCUCCCACCCGGACUGAUCGCAUAACUCCAGAUGACAUAGAUUUAGAAAAUGAGCCCUGGUAUAAAUUCUUUUCAGAACUGGAGUUUGGACGCCCGCCUCCUAAAAAGGCUCUGGAUUAUGUUCAAGAUCAUUCUUCUGGUGUUUCCAAUGAGGCCUCCGUGUAUCAGUCCUCUAUGGACAGAAGCCUGGAAAGGCCUGGCAGUUCUGCAAGUAUGGCAAGUGACUUUAGGAAACGGAGGAAGAGCGAGCCUGCCGUGGGCCCCCCGAGGGGCUUGGGGGAUCAGAGUGCAAACAGGACUAGUCCCAGUCGAGCAGACCUUCCAGGAUCAAGCAUCACGCUUACCAAGUCCUUCAUCAGCUCCUCUCCUUCUUCCCCAUCGAGAGCAAAAGGUGGGGACGAUAGCAAACUGUGUCCAUCCCUUUGCAGUUACUCAGGGCUCGACGGCAACCCGUCCAGUGAGUUAGAGUACUGUAGCCCCUAUAGACAGCAUUUGGACGUCCCGCGGGACUCACAAAGGGCCAUCACAUUCAAGAAUGGCUGGCAGAUGGCCCGGCAAAACGCGGAGAUCUGGAGCAGCACCGAGGAAACGGUGUCCCCCAAGAUCAAAUCCCGGAGCUGCGACGAUCUGCUCAACGAUGACUGCGAUAGCUUGCCUGACCAAAAAAUCAAGUCGGAGAGCAUGGGCUCCCUGCUCUGUGAGGAGGACCCCAAAGACAGUGGCGCCAUCCCCUGGGCUUCCCCCUACCUUCAGGAGGCUCGCGGGAAUGGCAGGUCGAGGCUCAGACACAGGGCUGCGCACGAUACCCCAGGUUUCCUGAAAAUGUACAAGAAAAUGCACCGCAUUAACCGCAAGGACUUGAUGAACUCGGAGGUGAUCUGCUCUGUGAAGUCGAGGAUCCUGCAGUACGAGAAGGAGCAGCAGUACAGGGGCCUGCUCCACGGGUGGAGCCAGUCCUCCACGGAGGAGGUGCCCAGGGACAUGGUACCCACCCGCAUCUCUGAAUUCGAGAAGUUGAUUCAGAAGUCAAAAUCUAUGCCAAAUCUGGGAGAUGAGAUGCUGUCUCCUUUAACCCUGGAACCACAGCAGAACGGGUUAGGUCCCCAGAGGCGAUUUUCCAUUGAAUCUUUGCUGGAGGAAGAAAACCAGGGCAGACAUCCUUCUCAGGGGCCACGAAGCUACAAGUCUAAAGCCCUGGUGCCAAUCCACAUCGAAGUCACCAGUGAGGAGCAGCCGAGACCCCACGUGGAAUUCUCAGACAGCGACCAGGAUGGAGUUGUGUCUGACCACAGCGACUAUAUUCACGUAGAAGGCUCGUCUUUUUGCAGCGAAAGUGACUUUGAUCACUUUUCUUUCACUUCCUCUGAGAGUUUCUAUGGAUCCAGCCACCAUCAUCAUCACCAUCACCACCAUCACCACCAUCACCGGCACCUCAUCAGCUCCUGCAAAGGCAGGUGCCCUGCCUCUUAUACCCGCUUUACCACCAUGCUGAAGCAUGAAAGAGCUAAGCAGGAAAAUGCUGAAGAGCCUAGAAGACAAGAAAUGGACCCCGGCCUUUCCAAACUGGCAUUUCUUGUCAGUCCUGUGCCUUUCCGGAGAAAAAGAAACUCAACACCUAAAAAGCAGACCGAAAAGACAACAUGUAAAGCAUCUGUGUUUGAGGCUCUAGACUCUGCCCUGAAAGACAUCUGUGACCAGAUUAAAGCUGAGAAGAGAAGGGGAAGUCUGCCUGACAACAGCAUCUUGCACCGCCUCAUCAGUGAGCUGCUGCCAGACAUUCCCGAGAGGAAUUCAUCCCUUAAAGCUCUGAGAAGGAGCCCCAUGCACCAGCCUUUCCACCCACUGCCUCAAGAUGGUGCUAUGCAUUGUCCAUUUUAUCAGAAUGAUUGUGGGAGAAUUCCUCACAGUGCCUCUUUCCCAGAUGGGGACACCACCACCAACUACCACCACCACCUCGACAGUGAGGGUGCACAGUGUCUCCAAGACCGUGAGUCCCCUAGAAGUUACUCAUCCACUCUGACAGACAUGGGAAGAAGUGCACCAAGAGAAAGAAGAGGAACUCCGGAAAAAGAGAAAUUGCCUGCAAAAGCUGUUUAUGAUUUUAAGGCUCAGACAUCAAAGGAGUUGUCAUUUAAGAAGGGAGAUACUGUCUACAUCCUCAGGAAAAUCGAUCAGAACUGGUAUGAAGGAGAGCACCUUGGACGAGUGGGCAUUUUCCCCAUCUCUUACGUGGAGAAGCUCACACCUCCUGAAAAGGCACAGCCUGCAAGACCACCUCCCCCAGCCCAGCCUGGAGAGAUCGGAGAAGCUGUAGCCAAAUAUAAUUUCAAUGCAGACACAAACGUGGAACUGUCCUUGAGAAAGGGAGAUAGAGUUAUUCUUCUGAAAAGAGUUGACCAAAACUGGUAUGAAGGUAAAAUUCCAGGAACCAACAGACAAGGCAUCUUCCCUGUGUCUUACGUAGAAGUCACCAAGAAGAAUACAAAAGGUGCUGAGGACUACCCUGACCCUCCAAUACCCCACAGCUACUCUAGUGACAGAAUCCACAGCCUCAGCUCUAAUAAGCCACAGCGUCCCAUGUUUACUCACGAAAACAUCCAAGGUGGAGGGGAACCGUUUCAGGCUCUGUAUAACUAUACUCCUAGAAAUGAAGAUGAGCUGGAACUCAGAGAAAGCGACGUCAUUGAUGUGAUGGAAAAGUGUGAUGAUGGAUGGUUUGUGGGAACUUCGAGAAGAACCAAAUUCUUUGGUACUUUUCCCGGGAACUACGUCAAGAGGUUAUGAAUUACUCUCCCUCCUUAUUUAUGCCACAUUUCAGCAACACGUCUGCAUACACUUGCCCAAGACAUCCCUGCAGGCCUCGUGUUUUCAUGCCUUAUGGUUUCCAGUGUGACACCACCCCCUCCACCUGCUGCUACUGAACCACCAGCAGUGUAACUGCCCUGUGCGCCCUGGGGAGAUGCGACAGACUGGCUUCCUCUCAAAAGCGUUUCUUUUAGCUCUCUGCUUGAAACUUUGAAAAGUUGAUGUGUGGGAUCAGAAAGAAAGUUAUUCUAUUGAAUAAGGAUAAAAUAUCUAAGGCAAAGAAAGAAAGAAAAAGCAAAAUGCCUCCAGGAGAUGUUCUGACUGCUGUGGUUCUCCUUCAACAUCUCUGGAAGAUGCACUCUCCCCAGGCCACCAGAAGAGUGUUUUUUCUGGAAUGCUGGGGUUUGCAGUUUUACAUUCUUAGCUUGGCACUAGAUUUUCCUUUCAUGCAUUUGCCUAGUGUCCCAGUUUACACGAUGUGACAACUGUACUUCAGCUAUUGUUUGCCUGCACUUGUAUGUUGUAAUAUGCACAGUGAUUAUAAAAUCUAAAGUAAGAGUAAGAAAGUUAAUUUGGAUGGGUGUGAUUUUGUUGAUUGAAUGUGAGUUUUCAAGUGGAAGUUUUUUUCUGCACAUUUUUUGGGGGGCAUUUUAGAAGUGCAAACAGUAAGAGCCUUGGUCAUCAUCAUGAGACUACAAGAGGGUUAGCUAGACUACAAUGGAGAAAAACUAUUGUGUUGUAAAGUUGCCUUGCUAUUUUAUAUUAAAAUGUAGUCAUCAGCAUCAUGAACAAUGAGCUCUUAGAGUUUUAUUUAUCUGGUAGAAUUUGAAUAAAAGCAGUGUUAGUGAGAGGUGCAACGAAUUACUCUAACAUAGACACUUGAAAGUAUCUGUAAGCAAUAUUCGUAGGUAAUCUUUCACUGUGUGUACACAUACACAUUUGAGAUUGUAUGAGAACAUUAAUCCAUUUGAUACAUUAUACAUUUUAUGGAAAUGUGAAACAAUCUCACAUAUUAUUUUGUAGAAAUAGAGUACUUCAGAAGCAUCACAAGUAUUAAAGCUGGUUUUAGCAAGGAUUGCGAUCAAUACAAUUAUUUUUACUAUGAUAAUUAUUUUUCUUCUAUGGAACUCAGAACCCUGGCUACAUUUGAGGACAGGAAUAUGUUGAGCCUAAUUUUCCUGGUGUGUGUUAAGUAUCUCCUAGGAUUAAAUAGGCACUUUUUAGAGACACUAUUAAAUCAUUCAGGUUUUUUUUCUCUGCCCCCAAAGCAGAAAACUAUAACAUGACAUAGAGACCUGAAAGAUUUAAGGUGGUUAAACAGUGCCUGAACUUUGCCUAACACAAAAAUUAGCUUUCUAUUUCUUAUGACUUUGCAUAAGAACUAUUCAUCUUUGAAUUUUUGAGCACCUUAUAGAUUAAACUUUUUAUGGUAUUUCUUCCAUGGACAGUGAUUGAUCUUUUCACAGAAUGUAGACCCUAGAAUUUUGUACAUAUGUUUGCUCUUUUUUUGUACAGACUAUUUAGUUGUUGAGAAAAAAAAGGGGGGGAAUUUCCUAAUUUGUUCUCUAUCUUUCAGUAAAGCUAAAUUGAGCAGAUUAUCUGUCACUUAUCUGAUGGAUCACAGUCAAUCCUUGAUUCUGAUUCUGUAAGAUAGCAAUUAUGCAAAAAAAAAUCACAAAAUUCAGAGAUUCUAGCAGCCAAACUGAAAUGUGCAGAAGUAUUGAUUUUAAAGAAUUGUAUUGGGAAAGAGGUAAAUAAACAUCUUUAAGUAGCCUAUCUUGAUUACUGUCAAGUUCACAACCAGCUUUAUAUUUUAAAGGCUUUGGGUUUGAAAUUAAGUCAACUGCAUGCAGCUUUGCUGAUAAAGGACUAAUUAUCUUUGAUGCCAUUUAUGAAAGAAGACUUCAAUAUCUGUUGCCUGUCAAUAUUUUAAAAAACUGCUGUUUCUACUCUCUGUAUCUGAUUUUAAAAGAAAACAAAAUAUCCAAACCUGCUUUCAGGUAAUUGACUUUGAAUUCUUACAGGCAAAAGUCAUUGUGUUUUUCUUCAAUAGACAUAUAAUAAAUUUUGCUUGGAAA